AUGGAACGCCUUGGGCUUAACGGUGCGUUAAGCAAAACGUGCAAGAAUCUUAAGAUUCAUGAGCCAACAGAGAUUCAAGAAAAGACAAUUCCGCCAAUUUUGAAGGGCCUCGAUUUGAUUGGGGUCGCUCAAACAGGAUCAGGGAAGACGGCUUGCUACUGCUUGCCCUCAUUGCAAAAACUGGCCGCUGACCCUUAUGGCGUUUUUGGAAUUGUUUUACUUCCUACGAAAGAACUCGCUGCGCAGGUGUUUGAGCAGUUUGCUGUCUUCUCGACGUCCCUAGGAUUUCGUGAUAAGAUUGCUUUAGUCGUUGGAGGAGAUCCAUGGCUUGUUCAAACCAGAAAGAUAGCUGAUCGGCCUUAUAUCGUUGUUGCUACUCCCUGGACGUCUUCUAGGACUCUUGGAACAUCCAGACACACUCCAGAGUUUUUCAAAUCUCUCUGUUAUCAUUUUAGACGAGGCAGAUCGAUUGCUCACAGGAACACUCCAAGCUGA